AGCAAGUUAGAAUACUAUUUUUAUUGACUAGCAACUAUUCAUGCACGACCUCUAAGAACUUUACUAGAGGGCUCAAAUGUCAGUUCUAUAAAACCCAAUAGCUAUUGAUAACAUGUUAUUAUAUGAUAUUUGUGUUCAUCUCUCUUUCUCUCUAUCUAUUUAUCUCCUUGUCCAAAUUUUGUACAAGUUAUGUUCUUCACCGAAAGUAACAGUUUAGGGAGGAUUCUAGUCCUGUGUUUCUCUCUUACCAUAAGUCUCUCAUCCAGAGGCAACACCAUAUCUGCAAACAAUUUUCUUUCAGGAAACCGAACGAUCAUAUCCGAAAGAGACGAGUUUGAGCUGGGUUUCUUCAAAGCAGGUAACUCUUCCAACUAUUACAUAGGCAUCUGGUAUAAAAGGGCCGCUUCCAAUCCUCCCACCAUAGUUUGGGUGGCAAACAGAGAAACUCCCAUAUCUGAUAGAUUCCGUUCAGAAUUAAAAAUCAUUGAUGGUAAUUUGGUGCUCUUGAAUGAGUCCAAGUUCCAGAUUUGGUCCACUAACGUCUCCACCACUUUGAAGUCUUCAGUAGCUGUUCUUCUUGAUGAUGGUAACUUAGUUUUGGGAGACAGUACUUCAAAUUCUAUCGAACCUGUUUGGCAGAGUUUUGACCACCCAACUCAUACUUGGUUGCCUGGUGCUAAACUUGCUUAUAAUAAUAGAACCAAAAAAAGCCAGUUUCUUACAUCAUGGAAAAGCAAAGAAGAUCCGGGUGUAGGACUCUUCUCUUUGGAGCUUCAUCCAUCAAGUAAUAUGUAUGUAUGCAAGUGGAAUGGCUCCCAACAAUAUUGGACAAGUGGGGCUUGGAAUGGGAAAAUAUUUGAAUUAGUACCUGAAAUGAGGUUGAAUUACAUUUACAAUUUCAGCUACCAUAUGAAUGAGAAUGAGACUUACUUCACUUAUUCUCUGUAUAAUUCUUCCCUUGUUUCUAGAUUUAUAAUGGAUGUUUCUGGUCAACUUCAGCAACAAAUGUGGUCGGAAUCUACUGCAGAGUGGGCUAUGUUUUGGUCUAAACCUAAAGAAGUGUGUGACAUCUAUGGUUUAUGUGGGGCUUUUGGUACUUGCAGACCGACUGAAUUUCCAUUAUGUAAUUGCUUGACUGGCUUCAAGCCAAGAUCAGAGAGUGAUUGGAAUCAGACUGACUUCUCGGGUGGGUGUGUGAGAAAAACCGAUUUGCAGUGUGGAAGAAACACGGAAAAACAAGAUUUUCUCAUGAUUAGGGUCAAGAAUCUGCCUCCAAAUAACUCUGUAGCAGUUGGGAGUGCUGGAGAAUGCCAUACCACCUGUUUGAAUGAUUGCUUCUGUAAUGCUUACUCUUUGGUCGAUAAUCAAUGUUCGGUUUGGGAUGGAGAUCUCUUGAACCUCGAAGACAAUGAUAGUGGGAAAAUAAUCUUUGUCAAAGUCGCUUAUAAAGAUCUUCCACUCUCCUCUAAAGAUCCUCUACAUCAUAAAAAGAGUAUUUCGGUCACCAUGGGUGCUGUUGUUGGGUUUGGAGGAGUUGUGGUUUUUGUCUUGGGUGUAAUUUUGUUCUUGAUCUUUAGAAAAAAGAGGAUAUCGGUGGGUAAGACGAGAAUGGUGGGAUCAUUGGUGUCAUUUGUUUACAAAGAUUUACAGAUUGCCACCAAAAAUUUCUCUAACAAAUUGGGAGGAGGUGGUUUUGGCUCUGUUUUCAAGGGGGUACUGCAUGAUUCGUCCAUUGUAGCAGUGAAAAAGCUUGAAAGCAUCAGCCAAGGAGAGAAGCAGUUUAGGAGUGAAGUCAGCACAAUCGGUACUAUCCAACACGUUAAUCUUGUACGCCUUCGUGGGUUUUGUGCACAAGGUAACAAUAAGCUGUUGGUCUAUGAUUACAUGGCAAAUGGCUCUCUAGACACCCAUCUUUUCCAUGGAAAACAAGUUUUAAACUGGGAAACAAGGUAUCAGAUUGCACUUGGAAUUGCAAGAGGCUUGGUGUAUCUACAUGAGAAGUGCAGAGAUUGUAUAAUUCACUGUGACAUUAAGCCAGAAAACAUUCUUUUAGAUGCCGAAUUCUGUCCGAAAAUUGCUGAUUUUGGUCUAGCAAAGCUUGUUGGUCGAGACUUUAGCAGGGUUUUGACAACUAUAAGAGGGACACGAGGGUAUCUAGCACCAGAAUGGUUAUCAGGAGUGGCUGUCACAACCAAAGCGGAUGUUUUUAGCUAUGGGAUGAUGCUUUUUGAAUUAGUUAAUGGUAAGCGAAAUGCAGAGCAAUCUGAAGAUUCAAGGAGUCCAUUCUUCCCUUGUUUAGUUUCUAAUGUUCUGAAGGUGGGAGGUGAUAUCCUUAGCUUGGUAGAUAGUAGGUUAAACAGGGAAGCUAGUGUUGAAGAAGUCUCAAAAAUUUGCAAAGUUGCAUGUUGGUGUAUCCAAGACGAGGAAGACAGAAGGCCUUCGAUGAGUUCGGUGGAACAGAUCCUUGAAGGGGUUAUGGAUGUGAAUAUGCCUCCGAUCCCUCGAACUGUCACGUUAUUUGUUGAUAACACCGAGCGUAUUGUUUUCUUCACGGAAUCACCCUCAAAGGGGAGUUCUGAGGUAUACAGCAAUUGUUCCCCCCAGUCGACGAGCUCCUCUUCUUGAAGAUAAUUAUCUCUAUUUAAUCGGUUAUAUUCAAAUAAUUAGACACAUAUAUUGUAUUGUACGCAACAGAAUAAAAGAGAAUGAAUUUUUGUUGCAAGUGGAUGUGCAUCAUGACCUUCCAAACAUGAGUUGGGUUUGGUUGUGAAGUUUGAAUCGACUUGCUAAAAAGUAUGGAAGUCAUAAUCUUGGAGUUACUUCUUAGUGCGACCCUUCAUUCACGUUGCAUUUUGGUCAAAG